CGACAGCGGGCCACUUCCCUUCGCACAGGCGGUCUGACGAGCGAGCUUGUGCCUCUGACGUGCGGUCGGAAUCAGCCGCUCGAUAGCGCGUCGCAGCGUCUAAGAUAAUGGCAAAGUUCAACGCCCCUGUGAUCCAGGACAACCCAUCAGGAUGGGGUCCCUGUGCGGUUCCAGAGAAGUUCAAAGACAUGCCCUACCAGCCCUUCAGCAAAGGAGAUCGUCUGGGAAAGGUUGCUGACUGGACUGGGGCAACUUAUCAAGAUAAGAGAUACACAAAUAAGUAUUCUUCUCAGUUUGGAGGAGGUAGCCAGUAUGCCUAUUUUCAUGAGGAGGAUGAAACUAGUUUCCAGUUGGUGGACACUGCAAAGACACAGAAAACUGCCUACCAGAGGAACCGCAUGCGUUUUGCUCAGAGAAAUCUGCGCAGGGACAAGGACCGCAGGAACCUCACCCAAUUCAACAUGCAGACGCUGCCUAAGAGCGCCAAGCAGAAGGAGAGGGAUCGUAUGCGCUUGCAGAAGAAGUUCCAAAAACAGUUUGGUGUCCGUCAGAAGUGGGACCAAAAAUCCCAGGCCCAACUGAAACCCAGAGAUUCCUCUGUGGAGGUGAGGAGUGACUGGGAAGUGAAGGAAGAGAUGGACUUCCCCAGGCUUAUGAAGAUGAGAUACAUGGAGGUGGCUGACCCCACAGACAUUGAGUGCUGUGGUGCCUUGGAGUACUAUGACAAGGCCUUUGACCGUGUCACCACUCGCAAUGAGAGACAGCUCAAAAGCAUCAAGAGGAUUUUCCACACUGUCACUACCACUGAUGACCCAGUCAUCCGCAAGCUGGCAAAGACCCAGGGCAAUGUGUUUGCCACUGACGCCAUCUUGGCCACCUUGAUGUGCUGCACACGCUCAGUCAACUCUUGGGAUGUUAUUGUGGAGAGAGUGGGCAACAAGCUCUUCUUUGACAAGAGAGACAACGCUGACUUUGAUUUGUUGACCGUGAGUGAGACCGCCAACGAGCCACCUCAAGAUGAGGGCAAUUCUUUCAACUCUCCCCGUAACCUGGCCAUGGAGGCCACAUACAUCAACCACAACUUCAGCCAGCAGUGCUUGCGCAUGGGAGGAGAGCGUUAUAAGUUCCCAAACUCCAAUCCAUUCGUGGAGGAAGACAUGGACAAGAGUGAGGUGGCGUCUGUCGCCUAUAGGUACCGUCGCUGGAAACUUGGGGAGGACAUUGACCUUAUUGUGCGCUGUGAGCACGAUGGCGUGAUGACCGGAGCCAAUGGAGAAGUGUCUUUCAUUAACAUCAAGACCCUCAAUGAGUGGGACUCCAGGCAUUGUAAUGGAGUGGACUGGCGCCAGAAGCUGGACUCCCAGAGGGGAGCUGUCCUGGCCACCGAGCUGAAGAAUAACAGCUACAAACUGGCCCGCUGGACCUGCUGUGCUAUGCUGGCUGGCUCAGAGUACCUGAAAUUGGGUUACGUGUCUCGUUACCAUGUAAAGGAUUCUGCUCGCCACGUCAUCCUGGGCACUCAGCAGUUCAAGCCCAAUGAGUUCGCCAGCCAGAUCAACCUGAGCAUGGAGAACGCCUGGGGCAUCCUCCGCUGUGUCAUUGAUAUCUGCCGCAAGCUGGAUGAGGGCAAGUACCUCAUCCUCAAGGACCCUAACAAGCAAGUGAUCCGCGUGUACAGCUUGCCUGACGGGACCUUCAGCUCUGAUGAAGAUGAGGAGGAUGAGGAGGAGGAGGAAGAGGAAGAGGAGGAAGGGUGUCUGGGCUCAGCCUUAGAGAUAGAGUGAGGAGCUCGGACAUUUGGAGGGAGCUCGGAGUAGAGCCGCUGCUCCUUCGCAUCGAAAGGAGCCAGUUGAGGUGGUUCGGGCAUCUGAUUAGGAUGCCUCCUGGGCACCUUCUUUUGGAGGUUUACUGCGCACAGCCAACUUGGAGGAGACCCCGGGGCAGACCCAGAACUUGCUGGAGGGACUACAUGUCUAAUCUGGCCUGGGAAUGCCUUGGGAUCCCCCAGGAGGAGCUGGAAGGCGUUGCUGGGGAGAGGGAUGUCUGGAGUGCCCUACUUAGCUUGCUGCCACCGCAACCCGACCCCCGGAGAAGCAGCUGAAGAUGACUGAAUGUUUGGUGGACUGUAUUUUUGAAGGUUGGUCCUGCUGUUAAUUGACUGUGGUGUAAACUGUUCCCCCUUCCCUAUUUCCUUUGUCUCUGUUCUGGUCAACUAUU